UAUAACCUCUGCUCUUAGCGCUUGACGUUCUACGGUAUCUGUCAUAGUCACCGUUUGACGAUGCCAAUGUUCGGUAGUAGAAUCUGUUACGGACGAACAAGAAUUUUAUUGUAGUUUUAAGGUGGUGCAAAAAUUCACAUGUGGGCGGGAAUGCUCCGGAGGAGGAUGAAAGGCUGUUGCUAGCAUGUUGGAUAAGCGACGGCUCCAUGGCCACGGGUCGUCGCCCUGCACUUUAACAUUUGCAGUAACUUUAGCUGUCUUCUGUUGCCUAUCAAUAUGGAUGUUAACUGGUGCGCCAAAUACCUUAACAACAAUGCCAGCCCAGGUAACUGUGCCUGGGUACACACUUCUCGUACCGGACAAUGUGUCGGCAUUACCUCAACCAUAUUCACUGAGCGAACUUCCGUCCAGCGAUGAAACGACACUGAUUGAUAUAACAAAUUUUCGAUUUGUCAUCAAUCAUGAUCCGUGCAACAGAACACAACCAUUAUUAUUAACAUUGAUUCAUUCAGCACCUGAUAAUUAUGCGAAACGCCAAGUUGUCCGUGAAACAUGGGGCAAACAUACGUCUGAGAUGAUUGUACUAUUUCUCAUUGGGGUCACGGAUCAGUACAAGAGUGAUGUCAUUGAAGAAGAUAGACAGUAUGGUGAUAUUAUUCAAGGAAAUUUCCUUGAUGCAUAUAGAAAUAUGACCUAUAAGCAUGUGAUGGCAUUGAAGUGGGCCACAUAUCAUUGUCCAAGUGCCAAGUACAUAUUGAAGUUGGAUGACGAUGUAUUCGUUAACAUUCCAGCAAUGGUCGAUUUUUUAAAACGCGGCCUAUCCCCAUGGGGCGCAAGACGUCUCAUUCUUUGUGAUCCACUGUCGACGGCAGCAGUAAAACGUUCGUGGCGUUCCAAAUGGCGUGUAUCACCCCAGGAAUAUCCUGGUAGACAUUAUCCAGCUUAUUGUGCUGGUUGGGCAGUACUUUAUUCCCCUGAUUCUGUAUUUUUACUGUAUCGUGAGGCACAAAGAGAGCCAUAUUUUUGGAUCGAUGAUGUUCAUAUAACAGGUACAGUGGCUGGGAAAGUUAAUCUCACACAUAGCUCCAUACACUCUCUUGUACUUAGUUACGAGAAUAUGGUACAAUUGCUUAAUGAUCCUGAUAGUCGACCGGAGUUUUUAUUUGGCCCACCUAAUUUGGGAGAAGAUCAUAUUAAAGCUUUGCAUCGGUUGACGGUUAGCGAUGGCAGUUGGUAAUUAUGGCCUAUGAAAGAUAUAGCGGCAUUUAUGAUAAAAUUAAAUAAAGAAAGAAAUUAAAUGAACUUCUCUAACAAUUUGAGGAAAGUAGCAAAAUAAGAUACCGAAGUUAUGGAUGCAACAUGGUCAUUUCACUUUGAUGUGAUGUUUCAGAAGAUAUUUUUUAAUUGAAGAAGCAUAGUAUAUUUCUUAUACCCUUUUUUUUUGUUAAACCAAAAUCAAAUUUUUACUUUUUUCUUUGACGGCCAGUGUACGUAUGAAUUAUAUUUACGUCCAUUCAUCUAUAAUGGACUUAUUGUAUGUGAGUUCAACAUGCAUCACUUUAAAUUAUCAGCUUAUCUGUACUCCAUACUUACAAUGAGAGUACAAGUAUGCUUAUUCAUAUUUACAAUGAGAAUUUAAUACAGGUUUAUUUACAUUGUAAAUAAAGGAGAAGCUCCGAUUAUAUUAGUCUUUCUCCUCAAUCAAAUGUUUAUGUACAAAAAAAUGGCAUAUAUUCAACAUGGUAAUCACUUAGGUAUUUCGGGCGAGAAGGAAGUCUAGGAGGUAAGGCGGGGAGGAACCGACGUCGGUAGCUCAGUGGCUAGGUGCGAGCCUAGUAUUCUGAAAGUUGUGAGUUCGAUCCCCCGUCAAAUCGAAUUUUUCAACAGGCACCCAUGAGCGGGGGUUCCCAUGUCACUCCUAUGUCCUAUAGGAAAGUGAAUGCGGUACAGUGUAUGAUCCACAGCCGCAUGCAUAGGGGGAGAUAGGGCCAAUUAGCCUAGAACAGGGCAGAAAGGACUGGAAUAUAAGAAAACAAAAAGGCGGGGAGGAAUCUGUAGUAUUCCUGCAGAAACCCAAUCCCGGAUCAAAGAAAAAAUCGUUCUUCAACAUAAUAUUGCGACCAUAUUCAAGCACUGUUUAAAUAAAAACUUUUGUUUUUUUAAUUAAUCAAUUUCAUUUUCGUGCAUUACGCGCAGUAAAUAUUUUUUUUAAUACCUUUUAGAGAAUAAAUUAAAUGAAUAAAAAGCUAGUAGUUCGCUCUAGUUAAAUUAUUUGUCAGUGACAAACUAAAAUUCAAACCCAUCCACUUUAAUCUCCUUAAGUGAAAUGAAAGAAAAAAAUUAUUAUUGGAAGUGUAAACGACUAACGUUUCUGCAGUAUUCAACAAGAUUGAUUAAACAGCAGAAUGGUUUUAACAGUCGGAAACAUUUUUUAUCAGAGACAUUUAAAUUGACCGUGAAACCCCCUACGCGAACUCUAGUUGUGACGUCACCGUAUGUUCGAGCUGCGCACACUGAAAUCCAUUUUUUUCAGUUCUUUGAUAAUUUCUCUUAAACAAAGCUCUGACAAAUUGUUCAUUAUUCAAUGCGUUUGCAAAGUUUCUUCCUCUUGGCUGCGGUCUUUAUUUGGCUUAUCAGGCUUUUGUUAUUGAUCUCUAUAAGAAUACGGGUUGACUGACUACUUUUUAAGUUUUCAGUGUAAAAAUGACUUUAAAAAAAAACGAUGCUCUUCAGCAGCCUUAAAAUUUACACACUGCAUUCCAAUAAAUUACAGAAUGUAUGUCAACAUUUUCGGAAAAUUAGCAGCCUUUUUCAAUAUCCUUCCAACUCGCUCGAAAUACCUUAAUCGGAGUCUUUAAUUCACAAGAAUAUUUGUUUUUACAUUAAUUUUAAUGUUUAAUGAGCUUACAAAAUAGUGACGAAUUCCUCGUAUGAAAAUCCCUCAACUACAAGAGAAGGAGCCUGACUUUGCAUCGUGUCACAACUAAUUAUCAAAUAAUUUCUAAACAAAUACACUAUCGAAUUUUACUACUUUCCUACAGAAGUGAACGUUCAAAAUUGUAUAGCACUCUUUUCUCCGAAAGUUGUUAGCAAAUUGGCAAGCGUUUAAGGAUGUUACGGCAUGAGGGUCAUGUAGUAGGUGAGACGCAGAGAAACCUAUUGUUCCCUGCAGAAAACCAAUUGCUGAACAAAAAAAUUGUCACUUUUAGAUAAGUUAAUUCCAUCAGAUAGGGUGGCUUCGAUGCGCGACUAAAUUUUUCAAUGAUUUUUUGAAUUUUUCCCCUAUCCGUUAUAUGUAUUGCAUUAUAGUUGCACUUCGCUCUCAUUACAAAAAAAAAAAAAAUAAAAAAAUGAACGAUUAACGUGGUAACGUCGAAUAAAAUAGAAGUUUUCGUGACAGAAGUUGACAGAAGUGAUCAACUCCAGCGAGUACUGCUGCUGUGCUCAUAUAUACGCAAGAAUUCAUUGAUAAACGAGCUCGAUUUAGCAAAAAGAGUAUUAGAUAUUGAAUUCGAACUUGAAAUGAGAAGAAAAAUAUGAUUAAUCCAUCCAAAGUCCCCUCCACGCACCCAUGUAUACAUUCAGUAUUUAAUUGUCUUAAUUUUAAAUGAAAGAAGAUAAAAAUGUUUCUCUAAGGGAGAAUUCAUCUGUGUAAACUCAUUAUUUGAGAUUUUGAAAGUAAAUAAAUAUUUGUUUUUUGUAAUUUUUUAAGAUCACUCAUUAUUAAAAAAUUUAGCAAUUCUGUCAUGAGGUGCAUUUGUAUCCACCGCGUUGUCGCGCUUCACUGCUGCAUGCGCAGUUUUUCCAUUUUUUAGCAUAUUUUUUAUAAUUUCUUUUAAACUGUGCUCGGAUCGCUGUUUUUUCCCAAUAAACUCAUCUCUCAAAACUUGAUGUGCGUGCAAAGUUUCAUGAAGCUGCCUGUUUUCAUAAAAAAUGUUUUUUUUCGUUAUUCUCUUAAGAAUACGAGUUGAAUGAGAUUGUUCCGACAAUUUACUGUGUUUAAUUUCUGCUCGCUAACUGAAAAAAAAAAUUAGAAUUUUCUCUACUUUUUCGAUUCUCUGUGAGCACGCCGUAAUAUCCUUAACGAAAUUUGAAUAUUUUUUACCUACCAAUUUAUAGAUGGAGGUUACUUCUUGAAAGGUUUUAACCAACAUUCAAUACUCAUCAAAUAAUAAAAUAAAAAUUGGAAUAAGUUUUUCCAUCUUUCAAUAUGCUCUUGAGGAUGAUCGUGUGAAUACUUAUUUCUUCUAUUUUUAUUGUUUGACAUUUAAUGAAUAAAACGCCUAUGUCGUCGCAGGCGUCCUCAAAUUAUGGGUUUCAGCUGUAUUCAACUAUAUUCGGAACAAACAUUAUUUUCGGGUCGGUUAGGUCAGACAUAUACUUUUUCGGAUUCAACUUUAAUUUUGCCAAACAAGUGGUAUAAAGAAAUAACGAAUGGUAUAAACAGACAAACAAGUAUUUUUCAGGAUGUCACAUGCAUCUUUAGAUUCCAGAAGAUUUCGAAUUAUCUGAGUACACCUUUCAGUUGCUUUCAGUGUAAAAUAAACAAUAAAAAAAGUGAAUUCAAUGGUUCCUUCAAGAAAAUCUUGGUGUAACUCUUCAAUGCAAUUUUUCAAUAGCAUUGAAAAAAUUGUUGAUAAAAUUGGAAAAAAAAUUUCGGAACUUCAGACUUCAGAACCCAAUAUUUUCCCAAACAUGAACCUGUAUUAUUCUUUGAGGAUUUUUUUUACGACCUUUUGCAUACAUUUUGAAAUUUUGUAAAAUCGCCCAUAAAAAAAUUUUUUACUCGUCUCCAAAAGUUAGUUCCAAAUGAACCGAAAUCGUUUGAGACAAGAAAAUAUUGUAUUCCCUCGGGAAGUGUUUAUACGACAUUUUUCGGCUAAAUCUGAGGCGAAUCCGAGACAACUAUCGGCACGACAUUGUUGCAUGACACACGCGAUUUGUAUGAGACAAACAAAUUAAGCGGGGCGUUUCACCCAGAUAUGUUAGAUAAUUACUGCUCUAAAAUAUAUUCACUUUAUAGAAAUUAUUUUUUUUCUCCUGUGUAUUUUUUAAUUUAAGAUAACUUGUCAACUUUUCUCCAGUGGUGGAAUCCGUACCGCCAUUUCUCUUAAAACUUUGGUCUUAAAGUGCCAAUAACUUCCAUAUAAAUCAACUAAUUUUAUGUUUGUUUUGUUAAGAUAUGCGUCAGUGGACACGGUCUUUAUGAAAGAAAUGGUCAAUAUAUUUUUCUACGCUCAUCUAUUGAUUCCUUCCUCCGUGUACUGACUCGUCUACACACGAAAAAGAGUUUUUUAGCAAGAAGUUAAUAGAUGAGGGAGAACAUUAUCCAUUUUCUAUGAAAAGUGUUUCUGAAGGCGCGUAUGUUGAAAAAAAGUAAAAAUAAAAAUUGGUUGAUCUUUACGGAAGUUACCGAAACGCGAUGAUGCAAAAAAAUUGGAAAAUUUUAGAGAAUUGUUUUACUUCCUUGCACAGAAAACAAUCCACAGCAUGGUCGAUGCAGCUCCGAGUUCUGAGUAUGUUAAAUUCACAUGGAAUUCCUAAUUUAUAAAUACUAUGUUUAUAUCCAUCACUUCCUAUUUUUUUCACGUUCCUAUUUUUUUUUUAUCAUUAUUUUGUCCGUGCGGCUUUGGCUUUCGUGUAUUUGGCCAAUUCCCUUUUGGCGAGCAUAUCAAUUUCACUCCAGUAAAAUGCCUCCUUCGGAUAGUUCGAAAAUGUACGCUACACUGAGGAAAGAAAAGUUUGUUGACAAGCGUAUUUUUGCGUAAGGAUGUUCUACUAUGAAUGUACUUUGACGAACCGAGAAGCCUGUUAUUCUUCAAAAGGUAUCCAAAUUGAAAGUAAAAAAUUAUUAAAUUCAAAGAAAAAAAUAUAAAUUUGGUAUUUACGAUAUAUAAUCGUGUCGAAUCAUUAUUUGAAUAAUUAUAAUAGAGUCUUAUAAUUUUUGAAGC